CGCGACUUCCUAGAUCGGUGACCACAAGUCGGCCAGCUCUUGCCGUCGUGCGAAUUAGACUCGAGCCUAGCCAAGCUGCGCUGGCCCUCCUUUGCCGCCCGCACUUUUCUUUUUGCCCGUGUGUCAUCUUCAAACCCACCAAGGGGGAGGAAAAAUCUUCACUCAUGCAUCUGCCUGUCUGCCUGCCCACCUGCCUGCCCACCUGCCUGCCCGGACACCUCCUCGGUCAACCCGCCUAGCCGCCAGCCUCCAACACCAGUCUCCCUUCAUCCUAGCCCACGGCUCCCCGCAGCGUGGGGAGGGCGUCCGACACGGCGCCAUGGGUGACAGCUUGCCGCCCGAGCCAGAAUGACCCCCGUUGCAGCGCGGCACAAACGACUCGUUGUGACAAGAAAACCUUGUCGGCCGGCCAGCCAGCUUGAGCGAUGCUGCUGCAUGCUCGACCCACCACUGUCUUCUGCGUGCUGCUACUGCUGCCGCUGCCGCCGCCGCUGUUCCUUCCUUCGAAGGAAUGGAAACCGAACGGGUUGCUCCAUGCCCCCCAUCUCGUCUGCCGGCUGAUUGAUUGACGCUGGCCGCGCGGGCCCGUCCAACGCACCGCACCACCCUCUCCCAUCUCCCACCCGCCUUCAGGGGCCCAAUUGAUGGGUCCCGCCGCUCGUCCGCCCCUCCCACGUUGCUGUACCCUAGAAGCGCCGCAUGCCCAUUCGACACGACACGCUGGUCCGCCUGCCGGCCCACAGCGGCGUGGCUUGCCGUUCAUCACGUCGAAAGACGCUCCUUCUCCCCUCCUCGCUUCUCAGUUCUCCGUAAUUCUUUUCGCCUUCCCCGUCCCUGCUCCUACCUGCCCAAACACACGACGCGAGCGCGAGUCCAAGAAGCCAUUGUGCAGCCGAGCCCUAAAGAGGGGCGAGGGAAGGACGAAGCAUAAUGAGAGAAGGGGAGACUGAGAGUGAGAGAGAGGAAAAAAAAAAAGAGGCAGCUGUGCCAAGGGUGAGAGACGGCGACGAGAUGAUAAAAAGCAAAGAAAGGAAAAUCAGCACCCCGCCUACCGGCCUAUCCCGAUUCGUCAAGCCGCCAGCGCGUGUAAAAGAUCACCCGCCUUGGCUCGGCCAGCAGGUUGGUCUGCCUCGCCUGGGUUACGUGCGUUGAUUACAUUACAACACAGACUUGGUUGUGCAAGCUCUGCUGCCCGUCCUUGGGGACUUUUGAUAUGGAUAAGCUGGGCGGCCCGCAUCGAUCCAAAUCUGCCAACUGUGUAUCUUUGCAUGUGCCUCUGCUCCACACAGCCCUCGCCUGCCUCCCUCGUGCGCGCGCGAAACUAGGUGGGCUCUGGCAGGGCAGGCACAUGCUAGACGCGCAAGGUCGCGGCGACGUGGACUCCCUGACCCAGCGCGCGCAUGCGCCAGACCAGAGAGAGUCCCCGGUCGCAAACCUUGUGUCACCCAGAGAUCCCAGACUACUCUUCUCCACGGCACUUGCGAAACUGCGAAUCGGCACGUUGGGGCAUAUUUUUGUCAUUGGGUGGCGGAAACCGUUCGGUGCCAUGACCCUGUCUCUGCCGUCUGCAAGUGCAAAUAUGCGGCGGCCACAGCCAGUGGGGAGGGCCCAUGACAGGAAGGAGGAAGAGAAUGGGGGACAGAGAAGAGACGAUGGGACCGAGGGAAGCCGUCGUCGGGACGCGCACGCGCCGAGACCAAGCCGCUGCUUCUUCGGCACAACCAACAAUUUAGCCCAUACUUCGUUGGAACCGACGGUCCCCCAGCCCGGCCAUGGCAACACAAAAUAUGCUACUGCGGACUGCACAUCUCGCAUCGAGAAGUGGAGCCGGGUCCGCCAGCUCCUGACCCUCCUGUCUGGGGACGGGCAUGCGAUGGCAGACACGCAGGUUGGCUUUCGCAUGUCCCGCUCCAUCAACCUCCCUUGCCCGUGUGGUAAGACGAAGAUGGAGGGCGCCGACUGCAAACAGCGGGCAUUCUCACCGAGCACCCCGCCACCGGUGCCGCUCUCUGCCUUUCCGGGCGUCUCGAGACCAGACGUGGGAACCCGGUCGGAUAUCGAUUGCCUUUGCAAGGCCUUCCCCAAGCCAGCAAAGGGAGCACUCGCCGACACUAACGAAAGGAUGGAGGGAGACGAAGGCCGGAACAAGGCCGCGGCGCGGCGCAACACCCCUGCCUCGCGCGGUUUGCUACCCCUGUUCCCCUAG